AAUCUUCUCAUUAGAAACGUUAAAUCAUAAUGCAGUUGUUUGCGAAAAUAUUUCUAAUCGUGUUCGUAUUGCAAAACGUAAACUGCGAAUUUGAAAUUUGUAACAAUGAAAAUGAAUGUCAAGCUAAUGAAAUUAUGUUUUCCGAUGCCGCAUCCACUGAUUUGAAUACUUUAGUUAAGCAUGCAAUACAAUAUUUUAGUGAGUUAAAUAAAAAAUAUGACAAAAAAAUUAAUUCAAUUUCAUCCGAUAUUAAUCAUGUUAAAAAGACUUUAAUGGUUGGUGAGGGUUCAACCAACUGUCUUCAGCCACCAGAACAGCAAACAGAUAUUGAAACAACAACUGAAAAUCAUUUAUAUAAAAAUCUCUGGGUUAUAAUACAAAGACGUCAAGAUGGUUCAAUAAAUUUCUAUCGUAGCUGGGAUCAUUAUAAACAUGGUUUUGGUAAUCCAUUUCGUGAGUUUUUCAUUGGACUAGAUAAUAUACAUUAUCUUACGAACAGUGGUCCCCACGAGUUGCUAAUUCAGUUGAAAGACUUUAAAGGCAAUCUAAGAUAUGCGCUCUAUGAUGAAUUCCUGGUGGGCGAUGAAAGUGAAAAAUAUCAAUUGAAAAAGUUGGGAAGUUAUAGUGGCAAUGCUAGUGAUCAUUUAAGGAGUCAUGUGGGCAUGUAUUUCUCCACCAAGGACAGGGAUAAUGAUGCAAGUACCAAUUUACAUUGUGCAAAAAGUUUUCAAGGCGGUUGGUGGUAUAAUAACUGUUUGACAAGCAAUUUAAAUGGACCCUUUCGUACGCGUUACGUUAUCAGUAAUAUUGGAAUUACUUGGGGAAAAUUUGAUGAAUUGCGGCUUCAAACUGUUCAAAUGAUGGUGCGUUUAAAAAGUUAAAUAUAUUUUUAUUGCACAUUUAAUUUAAAUACAAAUAUGUUUUACAUAAAACUAAAUAUAAAUAUACUCAAACUAUAUUGUUAUUAAUUUUUUGUAGAAUAAAAUACCAU